GCUAGAUACAAGAAGAGAAGAGGAUAAAGCGGAGGUGGAGCAGAAGAGAGGAGAGAUACUAAAAGAACGGGGAUCCCUCAGAAUCGCAGAUCAGACUUGAGACUUUAAAGACACACUAUUGUAGGAAGGGAAAUGUUUACAGGGUCGUCAGUCGUCAAUGAGGAGAAAAAUGUGGCGGCUGUUACACUUGGAUUUCUAAUAUCGUCCCUACCUCCUCCUUUCUCUUCCCUUCCCUUCCCUUAAAUGCAUGCAUUGAAUUAGUUAGGCUAAGACUUACACGUACAGAGCUACAUACAAGACUUCCAUUGUUUGCAAAUACAACUGAGUUGAAUUAAUCUCAAAGCCAACGGCCCAACAAGAAGAGGAAAUACAAAAUCAAAAUGGGGAAGAAUGAGGUGAUUCGGUUAGAGCGUGAAUCUGCCAUUCAAGUUCUCAAGCCCAAACUCAUCAUGACCUUGGCUAACCUCAUUGAGGAAAGUUCUGAUCGUGCUGAGUUUCUCAAGCUCUGCAAGAGAGUCGAGUACACAAUUCGGGCUUGGUAUCUUCUUCAAUUUGAGGAUUUGAUGCAACUAUACUCCCUGUUUGAUCCUGUCCACGGGAGUCAGAAAUUGGAGCAGCAGAAGCUUUCUCCUCAAGAAGUUGAUGUACUUGAACAGAACUUCCUCAAGUACUUGUUUCAGGUGAUGGAAAAGAGUAAUUUCAAGAUUGCAACUAACGAAGAAGUUGAGGUUGCACAGUCGGGGCAGUAUCUUCUGAAUCUUCCCAUCGUUGUUGAUGAAUCUAAGCUUGACAAUAAACUUUUGAGGAAAUACUUUGACACGCAUCCUUGCCCAAACAUUCCAGAUUUUGCUGAUAAGUACGUCAUCUUCCGACGCGGCAUUGGACUUGAUAAGACGGCAGAUUACUUUAUCAUGGAGAAAGUGGACAUUAUCAUUGCACGUUGCUGGAAAUAUCUUUUACGACUAACCAAGAUGGACAAGUUCUUUUCGAAAAAGAAAAAGGCACAGCGCAAGAAGAAGAAUAUUAGCCUCCUUGACGAAGAGGACUUGUUUGUUGAACGAAUCCGUCUUGAAAAAAUGGAACUGAGCAUUCAAAAUUUGCUGUGCAAGAACACAAUCCAAGAGCCAACUUUUGAUAGGAUUAUUGUUGUUUACAGGCGAGCAAGUACCGAAGAUAAUGCAGAGCGGGGAAUAUAUGUUAAACAUUUCAAAAACAUUCCAAUGGCUGAUAUGGAGAUUGUUCUUCCUGAGAAGAAGAACCCGGGAUUAACUCCAAUGGAUUGGCUCACGUUUGUUGGCUCUGCUGUAGUAGGGCUGGUUGCAGUUGUUACUUCGAUCGAAAUGCCUAAAAUUGAUGUUUGGGUCAUGUUUGCGAUUAUUUCCACUGUGAUUGGUUACUUUGCUAAGACAUACUUCAGUUAUCAGCAGAACUUGGCUCAGUAUCAGAACUUGAUAACACAGUCCAUGUACGAAAAACAAUUGGAUAGCGGACGGGGUACUCUCCUUCACUUGUGCGAUGAUGUGAUUCAACAGGAAGUGAAGGAGGUGAUAAUUGCUUUUUACAUAUUAAUGGAACAAGGGAAAGCUACCGCACUAGAUCUGGAUAAGUGGUGUGAGGAACUAAUCAAAGAACAGUUUAACGACGACUGUAAUUUUGAUGUGGACGAUGCAGUUCAGAAGUUGGAGAAAUUGGGAAUUGUAACUCGGGAUACCCUUGGACGAUAUAACUGCGUAGGGCUGAAACGUGCGAACGAGAUCAUUGGCACCACCACAGAGGAGGUUGUUCUUAAGGCAAAACAAGACUUCACGGCCAAUGCUUGAUAUGUUGUGCUGCUGACAACUCAAAACUCAUAUGUGUUUGUCAUUUUUAACUCCAUUAAAUUUGUUUCAUUGUUUGGAAUUCCUAGUCACAGUUUGUUAAUAAUAAAUGGGAUACUGUCCUAGAUCAUCAUUUCUUUUCUUUAAAAUACUUUUUGGUUCAAGUAAAAACUAAAUAUAAAAGGCAUGUUGAGAGGUGGUGUUAAUAAUAAUAUUGCAAAUAUUCCAAGCAAGCAACCACUUGACAGAACAUGACAAGCCUUGAUUGUAAGUUAAUCUUGAGAUUAGAGUGGACUCUACUUUGAGAAAGAUCAAGUCAUCAAUUCAUAAAUAUUAGACAGUCAUUCGGUCACAGCCACAACGAAAUUCCCAACAUCCAAUUUGAAUUUCAAGCAUUUUCCUGGUGAGGUUUCGGGUACAGUAAGCAUUCACAUCAACCGGAUGACUGCAUCAAACUUGACGUUUUCUUCCAAUAAACGCUGCGGUGGAGGAGCAGCAGGCAGGCUUGGGUGGUGUUCUCGCUCUGGUCAAAGUAGUUGGAUGCUAGGCGAGUGAGGGUGUUGGGCUUGGCGAGACGAAGCGCCUCUUGGACGCACUCUUCAGUUGGACUGAAGCACUUGCCCCAACAGAAGCUGCUGCUGCCUCUGACUGGUGGUGGCGCGAAUUGUCGUCGUCCUCCUGCAGCUGCAGCUGAUCAUGGUUAUGGAGCUGAACCUUGGACCAAAUCUCAUUGUAGGAUUGGCCUCGGACGGCGCGGGUGUACUCGUGGAUGAGAAUGGUGGAGGGCGACGCCUCCGAGCUCGUUGCUC